GUUACAUUCAUACUGCAAACUUGUGCAAAAAUACAAGAUUUAAGCGUCACAGCAAAUGGACUUCCUCCGGAAGUAUCAUUGAAGUGUUUUAAUCCUGAGCUAAAACUACGUCUUUUUUCAUGAACAGUGAUUGGACAGGGUUUUUGGGACAGGUGAUCCGAACCCCUCCAUAAAGUUAUCCAAUCAGAUAAUGAAAUAUUAGUGGUGAUAAGUAAUAUAAGUAGACGAAAAGAUUUUAAACAUCUUUCUCUUUUAUUAUGAGAAUAGUCUGAUUAUAAUGAUUAAUCUCAUCGACCGAGUUACUCAAGUUCAGAAUAUAUUAUUUUCUGAACGAUAAAUUAGUUAAGGGCACUUGAUGUCCCUAUAGUUUCCGAUUCAAUUUUCGUUUUUGAUUUUUUUUCACGGGAAGAAAUCAAUCUUAAUAAUAUUAUAUAACUUGAGUAAUUUUUUCACGUGAAAAAUAUUAGGGUCAAAAAUUAAAUUGAAAAAUAUUUUUAAGGACUAAAAAGAUGGGACGCCCAUUACUUAAAAAAAAUGUGUUCACUACUGAUAAUUAACCAAUCAAGGACAUGAAUAUCCAGUUUCUCCCAUUCAACCAGUCCAUAUUUACUAACGUUAACAUAAAAUUAAAAUUCCCUUCAAAACCCUUGUCCUUCUCGCCCAAUUCUUGAUGUUCUUGUGUGUUUGUUUUGCUUCUAUUUCCUUCAUUUUCAGUAGCUCAACAACUUCCCGGGUAAAUUAAAGGGCCGGAAAAGAAAAAUGAGCUGUAACAGAGCUGCCGCUUCAUUUUCCGAACCCAUCAAACGGAGAAUUUUCUACCGCACCGCAUCGCCGGCAACUCACGAACCCCAUUAUCAGAAUUUGAACCCCAAAACGCCGCGUGUUGUCAGGAUACAGUUCACCGACUGCGAUGCUACCGAUUCCUCUGGCGAUGAGGAUGAGGAUGACGAUGACCGGAGUCAGGCCGGCUUCCAUUCCCGGCGGGGAGGUCGUUUGAGGACGUACGUGAACGAGAUUGUAAUUCAGGAAAAGAAGGAUCUUUUGAGCUGCGGCGGAGGCGGAGCUACGGCGGUGACUGGAGGAGGAAAGGAGAGGAAGAGGACGUUGAGGGAUUCCGUUGCCACCCAAGAUGUGAAGGGAGAAAAUGUUAAGUAUCGCGGUGUACGGCGACGGCCGUGGGGCAAAUGGGCGGCGGAGAUAAGAGUCCAGAAGGGGAGGAUUUGGUUAGGAACUUUUAAUACAGCAGAAGAAGCUGCCAUGGCUAAUGACAGAGCCGCGAUUCAGAUACGUGGGCCUGAUGCUUAUCACAAAAGUCGUCAUCACAUGCAGAGUACAAUUCAUUCGGCUGUACGCAUUGAAGAGGAAUUCAAGUAUCUUACUACUCGCAAGCGCUGUUAUCAACACAAAGCUCUCAGUCAAAAUGAAAGCAGCAAUGAAUCUCCUACGAGUCCAUUUCACCAGCAGGGACCAGAAUUUGUUGAUAUGAUGAUAAACAUAGGUGAACGGCUAACUGAUUGUGAUCAUUCGUCAGUAAUUGCCAAAAGCUUACAACCCUCUAAAUCCAAGAGCAAAAGCAAAAGAAACCCUCUAAACUCGUUUGAGGAUAAGGAAAUUGAGAGAAAAGGUAAGGGUAGAAAGCUAGAGGAGAAGGAUUCUAAUUUGGACACAAGCUCACCACCAGCAAAGGCAGCGCGUCCUUCUAAGAAGAAAGUGGUACACGUUGAAAUCGAUUCUUUUCAUUUAAAUCAUACAAGAGUUGAGCAAUUGACUGAACAGAAUUCAGGCAUUAAUUAUGGUUGGAAUGCUACUACUUGCCCUCAGGAACUGCCUGUUCGGCAGCGUAAAAAAGAAUGGAGUUCAUCCAAUGGUGGGUUAUCAUCUUUUGAAGGAAAUAUCUUGAACUCUGAGGAAGGAUUUUUGGCACCAACUAAGGCUAGAAAGAAAAAUGAGAAGGAUUCUGACUUGGACAUAAUUUCACCACCAGCUAAGGUAGAGCCCCUUUCGAAGAAGAAAGUGGUCGAUUCUUUUCAUUUAAAUCAUACAAGAGUAGAGCAAUUGACUGAACAGAAUUUAGGCAUUAAUUAUGGGUGGAAUGCUAGUACUUUAUCUCGGUCUUGCCCUCAGAAACUGCUUGUUGGGCGACAUAAAAAGGACUCAUCCAAUGGUGGGUUAUCAUCUUUUGAAGGAAAUAUCUUGAACUCUGGGGAGGGAUUAUUGGCACCAGCUAAGGCUAGAAAGAAAAAUGAAAAGGAUUCUGACUUGGACAUAAUUUCACAACCAGCUAAGGUAGAGCCCCUUUUGAAGAAGAAAGUGGUCGAUUCUUUCCAUUUACAUCAUACAAGAGUAGAGCAAUUGACUGAACAGAAUUUAGGCAUUAAUUAUGGGUGGAAUGCUACUACUUUAUCUCAGUCUUGCCGCCAGAAACUGCCUCUUCGGCAACAUAAAAAGGGAGGCAGUUCAUCCAAUGGUGAGGAACUGUUGGCUUAUGCAGAAUGGGACGUUAAUGCAAAUGGAAUGGAUGGUGGUUUGAUGUUCAACUACGAAGAUCUCAGCUAUCACAUGGAGUUUGAACCUCAGACGUACUUUUCCUUUGAUGAGUUGCUUGCAUCUGAUGAUGGUGUUCCUCAGAAUGGUUCUUCUGGAAAUGCAGGAAAUCAUCCCUUCUUUGUGUUGAUGAGGUUAUAGAUGCUUCUUUCUAUCCAGAACAACGCUAUGUGACUGUCGAGCAUGCAGCUGAUACAGUGCCAAACAAGAUGUGCUCUCUUCAAGAACCUAGCCCUGAUCUUUGUUGUCAGAUGUGAGGUCUUCGGAUUCACAGCUAUUGCGCCCCUUUGGAUGAACCCUCCAUUUUUUGAUAAUGGUUGGAGACGUGGCGAAUGCUGUGAGUUUGUAUACUAAUACCAACUGGUCAUGAAAACUUCUGUGGACUACUUGUUUUGGCUUUGGGGUGGAAGAAGUGAAUUUCGAGAUCAAUAGGCAAGCCUUCAUGGAGCUCAUCAACUGGGAAGUUCACCAUUCCUUAGAUAGCUGCUCCUAGCUUCUUUUGGCCAAGAUUGCUUACAAAGGUGGCUUAAGAUGAGGCCUGUUAUAUACUGCCUCAGUCCCUCUGUCCCAAAAUGAUUAGUCAUAGAUUUAUACUAGUUUUAGUGUAAAGUUGAAAACACAAUGUAAGUUAUCUUUUUGAGACAAGGAGUAUAUCUUUUCAUCAAAAAAAACUCAAAAGCAAUGUAAAGAAGGAUAAGGUGUAAGCUGUUUGGCUUUUGAAGGUAGGCGGCCAAUUAAAAUUUUCUUUUUGUUAUCUAAAGCGCC